AACCAAAUAACGCCUUAUGCGAGCGCGCUUUUUGUUCUAAAACCUUUGUUUGUUUAGCCUGAAUUUUAGGGAAAAAGUGAUUUAUUUCGUCACGAAUAACAAGUGAAGUGUUUUCCUAAAACAUGCAGAAGACAAAAAAGCGUAGGGGAGAGGAGGAAGCGAUGGAUAUCGAAGAGGAGCCAAAUGGCGGGCCUUCCACUUCAGAUGAAAAUCACUUACUAGAAGGUGAUAUAGACCAUAUAUCGGAUGACGAAGAAGGUGGUAUACGUAUUGGGGACAUCUAUAUACCGCCAGCGCCGAAACCCGCGCUUACUUUUGACACUACAGGCCCAAGGCUUAUUAUAACACACAUAGUCAAUGAAAAUUUCAAGAGUUACGCCGGUGUACAGACCUUGGGACCUUUUCAUAAGAGUUUCACAGCAAUCAUCGGCCCCAACGGCAGUGGAAAGAGCAACGUAAUAGACUCCAUGCUGUUUGUGUUUGGGUACCGAGCUACGAAGAUCAGAUCCAAGAAGAUUUCGGUCCUCAUCCACUCUUCCAGCAAGUACCCUAAUAUUUCCAGUGCUUCGGUUGCCGUUCACUUCUGUCGGAUUAUUGAUGGGGAAGGUGAAGACUUCACAAUAGUACCAGACAGUGAGAUAGUAGUUUCUAGAACAGCCUUCAGAGACAGCUCCUCGUAUUACACCCUGAAUGGAAAGAGGGUGCAGUUCAAAGAGGUUGCUAAGAUGUUGAGUUUCCAUGGCAUCGAUUUGACUCAUAAUCGGUUCUUGAUUUUACAGGGUGAAGUAGAACAAAUUGCAAUGAUGAAACCAAAAGCAGUGAAUGAACAUGAAGGAGGCAUGUUGGAGUACUUAGAAGAUAUUAUUGGCACAUCCAGAUAUAAGGAACCCAUAGACAAAUUAGCAAUAAAAGUAGAAGAGUACACAGAGAUGCGUAAAGAGAAACUCAACAGGGUACGUCUGGUUGAACAAGAGAAGAUCAAACUGGAACAGCCAAUGAGAGAAGCGGUUGAUCUCAUGAACUUGACUAACACUACUUUGAGGACUAGGAAUAUGCUGCUGCAGAAAUAUAUCCAUGAAACCCACAAAAUAAUAGAAACGAAAGAGCAAGACUUACAAGAUUUGAAAGAGAAUUUGGCGGCUGUAGAUGCAAAACUGAAAAAAAUUCAAGAUGAAUUACAGGAGAAAACUGGCGUUCUUAAAGCUGGUACACAAAAAUACGACGUCCUUCAAAAGAAAAAAGAGGAGAUAACAGAAAAGUUACAAGCUUGUAAACGCAAGACCGUGACAACGCAAGCCGAUUUAACUCAAAGUAAUAAGAAAAAGAAGAAUCUAGACCAAUUGGUUGAGCAGGAGAAAGGAAAGCUUAUUGAUUUGGAACUUAUACCAGAAAAGAACGAAAGAGAGAUAGCAGACUGCGAGAACCUCCUUGUCAGACAUACAGAGCAGAAAGCUAAGGCUGAAGAGGAAUUGCAAACAGCGGUCGCUAGUGUCAGAACAAAAACCCAAGGACUACAAGAAAAGAAAGACCGUCUCCAAUCCAAACUAAUAGGUUUGAAGAAGAUAGUAGACGAAGCUAACAAUAAGUGCAAGCUAGCUGAGUCUGAACUCAAGAUAUACUUGAGCACAGAACAGAAGGAAAUUGAAAAAUUGAAGAACAUGAAAGAAGCGUUCGAAAAAGCUUCUGCGGCUUUGGAUGAGAAGAAACCUUUACAAGACGAGUUGUCGCGAUCUGUACCAGAAAACGAAGGUAGAUUGAACGAAAUUAACACUAAACUGCAGAGACUCAAGAAAGAAGAAGGACAGAUUAUAAGCGAAGUUAGACCAUUGAGGGCUCAAUUAGAAGAAUCUCGUCAAGCGAUGAGCGCUAACACUUCGCGUGACAGAGUGCUCAAUGCGCUCAUGAAUGAGAAGAGACAGGGCAGAAUGCCCGGGAUAUUUGGACGAUUGGGCGAUCUUGGCGGCAUAGACAAUAAAUACGACGUCGCGAUCUCAACAUGUUGCGGUGCAUUAGAUAACAUAGUCGUCGACACGGUGGAAACCGCCCAAGCUUGUGUGGAACAUUUGAAGCAACACGAUAUAGGACGCGCUACGUUCAUCGCUUUGGAUAAGCAGGAGCAUUUGAAACAGACGUAUGAGAGGAGGCUGCAGUUCCCAGAAAACGCCCCCCGUCUCUUCGACCUAGUAAACGUGAAAGACCAGCGAGUCCUCCCGGCGUUCUACUACGCAUUACGCGACACACUGGUCGCCAACGACCUGGAGCAAGCGUCCCGCAUCGCGUACGGACACACGCGGUACAGGGUCGUUACAUUGAAGGGAGAUGUCAUCGAAAUCGCCGGUACAAUGUCCGGUGGUGGUAAGACCACGAUGCGAGGCAGGAUGUCCAGCUCAGUACAACAGGACACCAGUGAACAGGACCCAAGGGUUAUGCAAGCUAAUGAGGAGAAACUUGCGAGGUUGGAACGAAGGUUAGUAGAAAUACGCAACGAGCAAUCGGAGCUAGAAGAGACAUUAUCCUCGUUACAGCGUACAGUACGCGAAGGGAAAACUACGCUCAACAAACUGAAUAUAGAACUCAAGAGUUUGAUCGAACAAGUGCCCGUUAUGAAGAAUCAAAUAAAGCAGCAAGAAGCUAAAGUAGCGUCCAGUAGAGUGGACCCGCAACAGAAAGCUUACUUGGAGGCCACCGUUGAGGCGGCCACUGAGAAACUUAACAAGGCUAAAGAAGAUGCUGGUGAAGUAGAAGAGCAAGUACAAGAGGUCGACACACAAAUAUCGGCAGUCGCAGGCGGCAAAGUAAAAGAUUUACAAAAGACAGUUACUGAGCUCACCAAGAAAAUAGACAAAAUCAACUCUGAAAUCACUAAGCUUAAAGUCGCUAUUAAUACCAGCAAGAGAAAUGCAAAGAAAUCGAAAGACAAAAUCCAGCAAAUGGAAGCAGACUUAAAAGAGACUGAGAAGAAUUUGGAAACACUGAACAAUCAGAAGAAACAACUCACCUUGGAAAGUUCACAAUUACAGAAGGAUUUAGAAGAAGUAGACGAGCAAAUAAGCGAAGGAACAGAUGAAUUUUCGGAGCUAAAACAAGAAAUUCAAAAGCUACAAAGCAAAGAGAACAAAGUUAAGGCUGAGCGCUUAGAGUCUAAUAACUUAGUUACCAAAAUGGAGAAGACUAUUUAUGACUGUCAGGGUAAAACACCUAUGUGGGAAAAGGAGUUAAAAUCCCUGAAACUCGAAGACCCAGGCAUAGAAGGUAUACCAGGCAUUGAACCGAUAGUUCCUCUGAAACGCCACACUCCUGAGGAGUUGGAAGACGCUGAGGUGGAAGAGUUGAGAAAUAGGCUGACUGCGCAGAAGAACAGGAUCGGGGAUAAGAAGCCUAAUUUACAGGCUAUACAGGAUUACAAAGCCAAGGAAGAAUUGUACCUACGCAGAGCGGCCGAACUAGACGAGAUAACGACAAGACGAAAUGAAAUGCGAGCACUUUACGAUGAACUCAGAAAGAAGAGGACUACUGAUUUCUUGCGUGGGUUCAACACAAUCACAGCGAAGUUAAAGGAAAUGUAUCAAAUGAUCACAUUGGGAGGUGACGCCGAAUUAGAAUUAGUGGAUUCCUUAGAUCCUUUCACUGAGGGUAUUGUUUUCAGUGUCCGUCCUCCAAACAAAUCUUGGAAGAACAUAUCAAACCUCUCUGGCGGUGAGAAGACAUUGUCAUCCUUAGCUCUCGUAUUCGCGUUACAUUACUACAAACCUACGCCAUUAUACGUUAUGGAUGAAAUAGACGCGGCUUUGGACUUCAAAAACGUGUCUAUUGUCGCUAAUUAUAUUAAGGAACGCACCAAAAACGCCCAGUUCAUCAUAAUCUCACUUCGAUACAACAUGUUUGAAGUAUCCAACCGUCUCGUCGGUAUUUAUAAGACCGAAGAUUGUACCAAAUCUGUUACUAUUGAAAACAAGAUUCCUGAUCCUUUGCCAAAUGAUAUUGCAGUUUAAUUGUAUAGCAAUAAGGUUCAUUUUAAUUUGUGAUUAAUGGUAAGGUAGGUCUGUAUAGAAUAU